AUGUCUUUCUUACUUGUUUCGUUACUUCAUUUCUUUUCUUUUCCUUUUACUUCCUUCAUUUCUUUCUUCCUUUUUCAAUCUUUCCUUUUCUUUCUUUCUUUCUUUCUUUCUUUCUUCGUCAUUUUUUCUUCUUUUCUUUUCCAUCCCCUUUUAUUUCUUCAAAAUGUUUCAGCUUCUCUCUUUCUCUCCCCAUCUCAGCCUUUCUCAUUUCCUCCAUGCUUCACCUCUCGCCACGCCAGUCUUUCGUCUUUAACAAUCUUGAUCGUUUUUCUUUCUUUCUUUCUUUCUUUCUUUCUUUCUUUCUUUCAUUUCUCUGGCCCUUUAUUUUAUCUAUCUAUCUAUCUAUCUAUCUAUCUAUCUAUCUAUCUAUCUAUCUAUCUCUUGCUUUCUAUUCUAUAUAUUCUUAUAUAUAUAUAUAUAUAUAUAUAUAUAUAUAUAACAUAUUUAAAGUGUUAA